AUGUGUGCGCCCAGCGGAUCUUUGACCUGCAGCUGCUCCUACCCUGAGUCUCCUCCCCGAAGGUGCCCCUCACUACCCACACAGAUCUGGACCUGGGCCUGGGUCUGUCCCUGCCUGAAAUCCAUGCCGAAUUCCCUCACUGAUGGCCAGGUCCCCACCCCUACUCUGGACACAGUUGGACUGGUGGACCGGAGUCUGGGAAAUGCAGGGAACUCCGGUUCUGCCCCCAUCUCGGAAGAGGGGGACACGGACCCCUGGGCCCUCCCUCAGCUGAAGGACACUGGCCAGUCCUGGAAAGAGCUCAGCGUGGCCGGCAGGGUGGUCCAGGCAGCCGUCAGCUUCCUCAAGGCAUGUGGGCUCCUGGGCAGCCUCUACCUCUUCGUCUGCUCCCUGGACAUCCUCAGCUCUGCCUUCCAGCUCCUGGGCAGCAAAGCAGCUGGAGACAUCUUCAAGGACAACAUGGUGCUGUCCAAUCCCGUGGCUGGACUGGUCAUCGGCGUGCUGGUCACGGUCCUCGUGCAGAGCUCCAGCACGUCCUCCUCCAUCGUGGUCAGCAUGGUGGCCUCCAAGCUGCUGACCGUCCGGGCAUCUGUGCCCAUCGUCAUGGGCGUCAACGUGGGUACAUCCAUCACCAGCACUCUUGUCUCGAUGGCACAGUCAGGGGACCGGGAUGAGUUUCGGAGGGCCUUCGGUGGCUCCGCCGUGCACGGCAUCUUCAACUGGCUGACGGUGCUGAUCCUGCUGCCGCUGGAGGGCGCCAUGGCCCCACUGGAGAGGCUCAGCGCGCUGGCCCUGGGCGCCACCAGCCUGCAGCCUGGGGGCCACGCCCCCGACAUCCUCAAGGUGCUGACACAGCCACUCACACACCUCAUCGUGCAGCUGGACCCUGAUGUGAUUACCGGCAGCGCCACAGGCAACGCCACCAACAGCAGCCUCAUUAAGCGAUGGUGCCGCACCAGGGGGCAGACGACUGUGGGGAACAGCAGCCACUGCAGAGCGGCCGCUUUCAGCCCCUGCGCAGAGAGGAACAGCUCUGCCGCCGACGAGCGGCUGCCCUGCCACCACCUGUUCGUGGGCGCCGCGCUCACGGACCUGGCCGUGGGCUUCAUCCUGCUGGCCGCCUCCCUGCUCGUGCUCUGCACCUGCCUCGUCCUUAUCGUCAAGCUGCUCAACUCCGUGCUGCGCGGGCGUGUCGCCCAGGCCGUGAGGACGGUCGUCAACGCUGACUUCCCCUUCCCGUUCAGCUGGCUCGGCGGCUACAUGGCCAUCCUCGUGGGUGCCGGCCUGACCUUCGUGCUGCAGAGCAGCAGCGUCUUCACGGCCGCCAUCGUGCCGCUUAUGGGGCUCGGGGUGAUCAGCCUGGAGCGUGCGUACCCCCUCCUCCUGGGCUCUAACAUCGGCACCACCACCACGGCCCUGCUGGCCGCCCUGGCCAGCCCUGCGGACAUGCUGCUCAGCGCCGUCCAGGUGGCACUCAUCCACUUCUUCUUCAACCUGGCUGGCAUCCUGUUGUGGUACAUGGUGCCCAUCCUGCGGCUGCCCAUCCCGCUGGCCAAGAGCUUCGGGGACCUGACCGCCCGCUACCGCUGGGUGGCCGUCGCCUACCUGCUGCUGAGCUUCUUGCUGCUGCCACUGGCCGCCUUCGGGCUCUCCCUGGCAGGGGGCACAGUGCUGGCCGCAGUUGGGGGGCCUCUGGUGGUGCUGGUGCUCCUCGUCAUCCUGGUCACCAUCCUGCAGCAACGCCGGCCAGCCUGGCUGCCCCGAUGCCUGCGCUCCUGGGCCUGGCUGCCCCUCUGGCUCCAUUCUCUGGAGCCGUGGGACCGCCUGGUCAGCCACUGCUGCCCCUGCAAGGCCUGCAGCCCCCCUGAGGCCACGGCCAAGGAGGCCCACUGCUACGAGAACCCCGAGAUCCUGGCCUCCCAGCAGUUGUGAGGGGUGGGCACCCUUCACUCAGCUGACCUCUGGGUGCCCUGGGUGAUCCCAGUCACUGCAGACUUGUGAGUCGCCUGGAUCACCCUCUUUGCAAAUAAACAAGGCAGCACCCA